UUCGACAAUUUCGAAAACUCUCCUAACCUGUAACUUGUGUCUGUAUCGUAUAAACAAACAUUGGUAAUUUUGUCCAAUUUUUAACAAACUUAAUUUAAUCAGAAAUCGGAGCAAGAUGAAUAUCCCACCGAUUCAGCAACAAGGAACCAUGGGAGUGGGACAAAUGGGACAACCGGUGAAUCCUCAAAUGCCUCAGAAUCAACAGCAGGCGCAACAAACGCAGCAACAACAAGUCCAACAGCAGCAGCAACAACAACAACAGCAGCAGCAACAGCAGACACAAGAUAAGCUGGAUAACAUAUCUAAAGUGAAAUCUCUGGUUGGACCUUUGAGAGAAUCUCUAGGCAUAGCUCUCAAAACUGCGGCACACACAUUACAUCAAAAUAGUUUGGUCGAUGUAGGAUCCAUGAAGGGUAUAGAUCAGCCUGAUCAUCGAUUCAAUAAGCAUAUGGAGGAGUUUUACUCCAUCUGUGAUCAAAUAGAACUGCAUCUGAAAACCUCUGUAGAAUGUCUGUCCCAGAAUAAUAGCUCGGUCCGAUAUCUACCAAUGUCUGUUAUAACAAAUCGUACCGACACAGUAAGUACACAAGAGGGACCAGCGUUGUCUUAUCCGCAGUUCUUGAUGACUGUGCGCGCACAAGUGGCGUACGCUCGCGACAUUCACGACGCUCUCAUGUCUCACGCUCGUGCAAUAUCGUCCGGAGAACAACCUUAAAUUCCAUGUGUGAAUUUGUUUCGAGGAAUGUUGUAAAUGCUCAGUAAGAUAUAAAAUAUAGGAGAAAUAGAGCGUAAGAAUUAUGAUUCUGUUAAUUUAUAAAUAUAAGUUUUUCGAUAUAAAAAUAUUGCUAUUUAAUAAAAUAUUUAGGUCGCAAAAU